AGCCAAGGUAAUAUUUUGCCCGCAAUUUCCAUUCUCGUUCUCUGUGUCUCUCUCUUUCUCUCCAGAUGACAUAAAAUUAGCAGCUUAGCAUGGCCAUCAACGCCCAUCUUCUCUUCAAAACCGCAAUCAAAACACCCUAAUUUCACUAAUAUACCAAUCCCCGCCAAUCCUCCCCGUGCGCGCCUCUAUGGAUUCAGUGACGGUUGAAACUAACGAUGGUGUGGAGCUGAGCGCUAGACUCUUCAAGCCGGCCGACCUGAGGAUCAGCGACUACGUGGUGGUGCUUGUGCACCCCUUCACAGUUCUCGGUGGGUUCCAGGGACUUCUUCGGGGGAUCGCAUCGGGACUCGCCGAGAGAGGGUUUUGCGCGGUAACCUUCGAUAUGAGGGGCGCCGGUCGUUCCUCUGGCCGGCCAUCUCUUACCGGAUUUACUGAGAUUGGGGACGUCGUCGCCGUGUGCAAGUGGGUUUCGGAUACCCUUUCUCCUCGCGGUAUCGUUCUUGUGGGUUCUUCAGCAGGAGCUCCUAUUGCAGGAUCUGCGGUGGAUAAAAUAGAGCAAGUAGUGGGCUAUGUUAGCUUGGGUUACCCCUUUGGCUGGACCGCAUCAAUCCUCUUUGGAAGACACCAUGAAUCCAUUCUCCGAUCUCAAAAACCCAAACUAUUCAUAAUGGGCACCAAGGAUGGAUUCACAACUGUAAAACAACUCAAAAACAAGUUGAAAUCGGCUGCCGGCCGUGUCGAAACCCAUCUGCUCGAAGGAGUCGGACAUUUCCAAAUGGAAGGUCCUGCUUAUGAUGCCCAGAUGGUUGAUCUCAUCAUCAAAUUCAUUCAGUCAUUGCAAUCAUAGUUUUAUGAAUUAAAACACCAAUAUGUGAGCAGUUGUAAUAUUAGAUGAAUGAUGUUAUGAACAUCCGAAUUUAUUUGAAAUAGGCAUCAGAAUUGAUGCUUGAAUGUGAUAUAUGAAUCUGGCUGCUUUGUUUUGUCUUGAUAAAGUGCUGCAAAACUAUUAAAAUCUGAGAGGGAGGAUACCAAAACAGUAUUAAUUCUUGUUACAA